UAAAACCGGAAGUGUUAUUUUUGCUAUCGAAAGAGCAGCAGUCAAACGUGUGGUGUCACUGUCGGAAAACACAGGGAUACAAACAAGACUAUACUUCGUAACAGCUGGGCUAAAUCCGGGAGAAAGGCGGUGAAACGACGCCUGUACAUGCUGCUCGGUCCCCGGCUGCUCUGUGAGAUGGAUGUCCGACAUGGGCUGUAGACUUCUGCGGCGGGACUGAAGAGGAUGGGCAAAGUGUCCCAGUGCCUGAGGAGAUGUCUUUGGGUCGGCUCCUGCGGCGUGCCUCCUCCAAGGCCUCCGACCUCCUGACCUUUAACCCCGGGGCGGGAGGCUCAUCGCUGCGCUCGGGCCUGGAUGGCGAGAUCAUCUUCUCCAAAAAUAAUGUUUGUGUGCACCCCGCAGAGCCCCUGCCUGGCCUGGCCGAGCACCACCCAGGCUACCUGUGCGUGCACACGGAGAAGGACGAGAGCCUUGGCACCACUCUGAUUCUGACCUGGGUGCCCAACUCCCGCAUCCAGAGGCAGGAUGAGGAGGCGCUGCGCUACAUCACGCCGGAGAGCUCCCCUGUACGCAGGAACGCACGCCGCCGAGGCAGACGACCCCAUCCCCGUCACCCAGCAGCCCAGGAGGAAGAUGAGGACGAGGAUAGGAACAUCACCAGCAGCACCAGUGCAGAGAGCCACAGCCUGGUGGCAGAGGCAGGAGCGGAUUCCUCCUCACACCAGCAGCAGCUGCCCUCGGCGGGGGAGGAGGGCGACGAGGGCUCCUGCGAGCUGUCGGACGAAGUGAGUCGGGACAGCACCAUGGGUUCGGACUCGGACACGUUCUCCUCCCCGUUCUGCCUGUCGCCCGUCAGCGAGGCCCUCUGUGAAAGCAGCGGCUCUGUCUUCCUGGACAGUGAGAGCAGGGAGCUGUGCGAAGAGUCCAUGACCCACUCCGCAAGCUCUGCUUCCAGUCUGGAUAGCCACGCCCCCUCCGAGAGCGGCGGCCAGUCGCAGGGCGGGAGGUGGGAGGAGCAGCAGAAGGUGCUGGCUCUGGAGCAGUUGUGCGGAGUUUUCAGGGUGGACCUGGGUCACAUGAGGUCGCUGAGACUCUUCUUCAGUGAUGAGGCGUGUACCAGUGGCCAGCUGGUGAUUGCCAGCCGAGAGAGCCAAUAUAAGAUCCUCCACUUCCACCAUGCUGGCCUGGACAAGCUGGCUGAGGUCUUCCAACAGUGGAAGUGCUGCAGGGAAACUCAGCUGAAAGACCAGGUGGCGAAUGAGAAAUCCUGCAUGCAGUUUUCCAUCCAGAGGCCCACCCUGCCGUCGGCUGAGACCCACCCAGAGGAGAAGCUCUAUCGACGGCUGGAUGUCACCACCUGGCUACGUCACCUCAACCACAAUGGGCAGGUGGAGGAGGAGUAUAAGCUACGCAAGGCCAUCUUCUUCGGCGGUAUCGACCCAUCCAUCCGUGGCGAGGUGUGGCCCUUCCUGCUGCACUACUACAGCUAUGACUCCACAUCCCAGGAGAGGGAGGCCUGGAGACUGCAAAAGCGCACCCACUAUCAUGACAUCCAGCAGAGGAGAUUGUCCAUGAGCCCGGAGGAGCACAGCGAGUUCUGGAGAAAGGUCCAGUUCACGGUGGAUAAAGACGUGGUGAGAACGGACCGCAGCAACCAUUACUUCAGAGGAGAGAAUAACCCGAAUGUGGAGAUCAUGAGGCGGAUUCUGCUCAACUAUGCAGUGUUUAAUCCAAACAUGGGCUACUGCCAGGGCAUGUCUGACCUGGUGGCCCCCCUGCUCACUGAGAUCCAGGACGAAAGUGACACCUUCUGGUGCUUCGUCGGUCUCAUGGAGAACACCAUCUUCAUCAGCUCGCCGCGUGAUGAAGACAUGGAGAGGCAGCUGAUGUACCUGCGGGAGCUGCUGCGUCUCAUGCUGCCCCGCUUCCACCAGCACCUGACCGGUCUGGGUGAAGACGGCCUCCAGCUGCUCUUCUGCCACCGCUGGAUCCUGCUCUGCUUCAAACGAGAGUUCCCCGACACCGAGGCUCUGCGCAUGUGGGAGGCCUGCUGGGCACACUACCAGACGGACUACUUCCACCUGUUCCUGUGUGUGGCCAUCAUCGUUCUCUACGGGGAGGAUGUGACAGAACAGCAGCUCGCCACUGACCAAAUGUUGCUCCACUUCAGCAACCUUUCCAUGCACAUGAAUGGAGAACUGGUGCUACGCAAGGCCCGCAGCCUUCUCUACCAGUUCCGCCUGCUACCCAGAAUCCCGUGCAGCCUACAUGACCUUUGUAAACUGUGUGGCCCGGGGAUGUGGGACAGCCGCUACAUCCCCACUGUGGAGUGUUCUGGUGAACACGCAGACUCACAGAGCUGCCCCUAUGGAGGCACCUCCACCCCCCAGCCCUCCUCACCCUCUCUCUCUAUCACACCCUCGCCCUCACCUAACCCCAUCCCCACGCCUACGCCGGAGGGCAAGAAAGGCUACAAAACCCGGGAUAUUUUCACCUUCCGGAAACAGUCCUGAGGCGGAGGCUAUGGGGAGCUUUGCUGGUCUUGGCUCACGUUUGUUUGGAUCCAUCUGCUGGAUUCUUGAACUAUUUGCCAUUCUCCGACUCCUCUCCCCAAAGUCCCCUGCUUCUAGUUUCCCUAUCUUACUGAGGACUUUUGUCACCGGAUCCUUUCAUGUGGUGCAAUAUGGAACACUGCCUUACCAGAAUGUUAUUUAGCAACGUUCAGCAUCACAUGAAUCCGCGAUGAGGACGGUUUGCUGCUGGACGGGGCUGCUUUCCUCUUGGAGCAGGUUGGACAAUCACCAGGCGCCAUGUUGGUCUGGAGCUACUUCAGGUUCGAGUCUGCUGCUGGCUUGGCACACUUCCAUGGGCUUUGUGGGCAAGGGGUCACAUCAGGGUCGGAGGCAAGCGGCCUGACCGAGGGGUCAAAUGAAACUGGAGUUUCAUUCACGGGACUUGAACUUGAACUUUAAAAAAUGUUUGCCGUGUUCUCACAAUGGAGUAUUUGUGUGAAUAUCAAAUUACAUUGUGCGUAUCUCAAGAUUGAGCAGGACAUUUUUAACAUGAAAUCCACACCCUCUGUGAUAACAAAGAAGGGUUGACCUACAAAUAGGAUUAUAACAAAUGACUGGUACUUUUUAAGUUUUGUUCAAUUUUAUUUUCAAACAAGUGAAAGUUUGCGUUUAUAUCAGCAGUUAAAAAAUAUUUAGCAAUAUUAUAUCCUUGCAUGAGCGAUUCUUGACUUAUAGAGGGGCACAACAUGUUUGUUGGAAAACACUCAAGCCCAAAACAGAGGUAAGAAUGUGUUUACAUGACAAACACUCACAUCAUAAUAGGGCUCUGCAUAUUUCCUCAUCAGAUGGCGGAAAGGAACGGUCUCAUAAUUUCUCUGUUUAAAAUGUUGUUUCCUGACAGGCAGGAGGAAGCUAUGCAUAUGUUUCCUUCUGAUAAAAGUCCGACACAAACGUUCACGUUACCUGUCGAGCAAUGGGAGCUUAACCAUUUACGCAUUACCCUUAAAAGAUACCAUUUCCUGUGUGAGGUAUUGGAUGGAUAUGACGGCGCUGUCUGCCAAAGAAAGAAUAGAUCACGUUUUUAUCCUGACGGCCUCAUGUUUCACUUGAAGCGUUCGUCUUCUGUGUUGAGCCAUGUUUAGAAAACGGUGGGAAAAUCGACAGCACAGUUUGUUUGUUUUUUUCCUUCAGCGUUCGCUCCACUUUCACCUUUUAAAUGACAACGCACUAUCAACACUAAGAAUCAGUCCACAUGAAUGUAUCUGUUUUUUGUGUUUCUUCUCACUCAGCAGCGUGAAACUGUUCAGUGUGUGUGUGUGUGUGUGUGUGUGUGUGUGUGUGUGUGUGUGUGUGUGUGUGUGUGUGUGUGUGUGUGUGUGUGUGUGUGUGUGUGUGUGUGUGUGUGUGUGUGGGUGUGUGGGUGCGAGUGUAAGUGUGUAUAUAAACUGGAGUGACCUCCAAACAUCUGGUAAUGAGUUGGAGAACAGCCAUAGAGCCCCCCUGACCAGUCUCUUUAAUUAUAGCAGUCAUCAUGGGGAGAACAAGAGAAGAAAAGUAAAGCUGGCUGUUGGGACUCUUUAGAAGAAAAAAAAGUGGAGAUGAAGAGGAAAGGGACAACGUAGGCUUUGAACAGGGAUGUAUAGUGAUCUGCAUCUUGCCUCUGUGAUUUGCAAGUCCCAGAUGUAAAGAUGGUCCCCCCCUCUGAAGCGUUUCCCUGAGAGCUUUUGAGUGACACUCCUGGGGCUGAAAUCAUCUUCAAAUUGCUGCUAAAAUGUAACAUUAAGACCUUCAAUCAGACACUCCCUCCCCCCUCCCUUUCUCUCUCUCGCUCGCUCUUUCUCUCUUGUGGUCUCUCGCUCUCUCACUCGGCAAGCAGUCUCUGCAAAUGAAAUUCACGACUGCUCCUUUUACCCAUUAGAUAUCGUGUGCAGCUGCUUGCUGGAAAUGCAUGCAGAGUUUUGAAGAUUGGGUGGCUGCGUUGAAAUUAGUCGGAGAUGCACGAUGGGAAAGUAAUCGAGUGUGUGUGUGUGUGCGUGUGUGUGUGUGUGUGUGUGUGUGUGUGUACUCAUGAAUUUUAUUCAAAUCCUCAUUGAAAUCACAUUGUCUGCACAGGCACCGAAAGUCACGAGCCUAAUAAUGACUACUCCUAUUUAAAGGGGUUUCGACCAGUCAUCACUGAAUGUACAAUGUUGCUGUUGAUCUCUAUGGUAUGUCGAUGUAUUACUGUACACAUCUCAGAGAAAAAAAGAGCCUAUUCUUAUUCUUGGUAUUAAUAAAAAAACAAAGGCAUACUUUCAAGAAAAUGUUUUACUGAACAACAAAAACGAUUUAUAAAUGCCUUUCUGACAAUAAAUGACUUUGUGAUUGUGAUCCGAUACCAAGUAAAAACAAUGCUGGGAUUUACAGAACCACCUUUUACUUUUACAUCAUUAAACACUGGUCAAGUAAUAGCAUAAUGUCUGUGUAUUGUUUUGUAAUAUAUGCUUAUCAAGAUUAAUAUAGAAAUAUAUAUAAGAAUAUAAUCAAAGUAAUUUAUGAAGUUUUUAAUAAAU